AUGGCAUCCCCGGAAGAAGUAGAACAAAAAUACGAACUUAUAACACGCGGACUGAAGGAGGUACUUGGUGGGGAUGCAAUCAAGGCCAUCCUCACUGAAGGUCGAUCGCCGAAAUGCUACUGGGGCAAGUGUACCGCUCCUACUGGAAAGCCACACAUCGGUUACUUCGUUGCUCUGACAAAGAUCGCCGAUUUCUUACGGGCAGGAGUUACGGUCAAAAUUUUACUGGCAGAUAUACACGCUUUCCUCGAUAAUCUCAAGGCACCCUUAGAUGUCGUGUCUUACAGAACGAAAUACUACGAGUUUCUUCUCCGCGCUGUCUUCACGUCCCUCGGCAUCCCUACAUCAAAGCUCAUAUUCGUCGAAGGAUCUUCUUACCAGCUGACAAAAGAAUAUAACCUUGACAAUUACCGCCUUUGUGCAACCGUAACAGAGCACGAUGCUAAAAAAGCAGGCGCAGAGGUCGUGAAACAGGUGGAUAGCCCCCUUCUCAGUGGAUUACUCUACCCUGGGCUCCAAGCUCUUGACGAACAGUACCUUGAUGUGGAUUUUCAGUUUGGUGGAGUAGAUCAGCGGAAAAUAUUCACUUUUGCAGAGCUUUACCUUCCUAGACUCGGAUACGCCAAGCGCUCCCAUCUAAUGAACCCCAUGGUUCCCGGUCUCACAGGCGGCAAAAUGUCAUCCUCAGAUCCAAAAUCCAAAAUCGACUUUCUCGAUCCCCCAGAAGAGGUGCGCAAGAAGAUAAAGAAUGCAUUUUGCGAGGAGGGCAACAUUACCGAGAACGGCCUUUUAGCAUUCAUCGAAACCGUGCUGAUACCAAUAAGUGAGAUGCGGCUGGAAAGAAUGCGCGGGGAGACUGUUGCGGAUGAUGAGGAAGGGAAAGGCGCGAGUGGGAGCCAAAAACCUUUUAUCGCCGACGAUGCCCCGGAAGGAACGGUGUUCACUAUAAAACGCAAUCCAAAGUGGGGAGCACCGAGUCAUUACAAAUCGUACAAGGAAUUAGAAAAUGACUUUGCAGAGAAGAAACUGCACCCGUCUGAUUUAAAACCUUCUGUAGCUGAUGCCAUCGUCAGUCUGCUGGAACCAAUUCGAAAGGCCUUCCUUGAAAGCGAAGAGUGGCAGAAUGUGGAAAGAACAGCGUAUCCAGAUCCCAAUGCAAAACCUGAAGGAAAGAAGAAAAAGAAGGAGAAGGUAUACCACCCUCCACCACCGGGUAAAGGCAAGAACGCGAAUGCCACCAAUGCUCCUGCAGAUCCAAAUAUUCCAGCUACAGAGGGAGCUACAUCAGCCGUGGUCAAUGUAGACGGAGUCAAGGAGGCAACAUCGUCAUAAUCAUAUCGCAGUAUCUAUAAAUGUAUUAAACACUCGAUCUGUAGAUUUCAUCUCUCGCAAGGCGGGUAAGAAAAUGAACGGCCAUAUAAUAGUGUACAAAACAUUAGUGGAUGGUAUGCUGCAGGAUGUUAAAGGAAGAAAACUGUGAGAAUCUACAGGAAAAGCUACCAUUCUCAUUAGCCCCUUUUCCGGUCCCGUUCUCUACUCGUCUUAGUUUCCACCCUGACAUAUUCGCUUUCGUCAUGACCACCGUCUUCCUUCCUAACCGUCAUGUAUGACUCUCCUAAAAUCUGGAGUGCAACUGCCCUCAGCUGAGCCUUGCCCCGUGUGAUACUAGGAUCAUCUAGCACCCGAUCACAUGUCUCACGAAGGACCGACUCGACCUCAAGCUUCGUACCCUUUGAGAAGUGCUGCUAGGCCCUUCUCUGCUGCUUGUUCCUCUAAUCGCUGCUUCUCUUCUGGACUCAAAUUCCCAGCUUUCUCUGCAGCUUGAAUUUGAUCGAAGACACUCUUCAGCUCGAUCGCAGAUCGAAGAGUCGAUACACGCUGAAAACGUGAUAUUUGCC